ACAGCGAUGCUGAGCAACACCUUAGCGAUGAUCAGGCGCGCAAUCGGCGGCAACGAUAGCCAUCGCGCAGUUUAGUAGCGUCCGGGCGACGCUUCCGAUCGGUUCUGGUUUUGCCGCGCGAACGACAUGGACGCACUACAAAGUAGUAAAUUAAGUGAUGGGAUCGACGCUCCGCUGUGGAUGUUUUGGAAGCGUCGCCGGUACGUGGUGGUGAUGAUGACCUUUCUGGGCUGCACGGUGAUGUACACGAUGCGGGUCGCGAUGAGCAUCGCGAUCGUGGCCAUGACCGAAAACCGGACGAUCUCGCUUGAGAAUGGCACCGUUGAAUACGAACAAGCGUUCGACUGGAGCUCUUCGAUUCGUGGUCACGUGUUGAGUUCAUUUUUCUACGGCUACAUGCUCACCCAGGUGCCAGCUGGAAUCCUAGCAAAUCGAUUCGGAGCAACAAACCUCGUUGGAAUAGGCAUGGGUAUUACAGCGGUUCUCACACUGCUAACCCCAUUGUGUGCCUGCGCUGGAUUUGGCUGGCUCAUAGUGAAUCGGGUGCUCCAAGGGAUGGCACAGGGCGUUUGUAUACCCAGUAUUCACACCGGCUGGUCCAAGUGGGCUCCACCAAGUGAACGAUCGCGGAUGGUACUGUUCACCUUUGCCGGUGUAUUCGUCGGAACGAUCAUAUCCAUGCUGCUCACGGGAGUCGUUUCGAAUCUCUGGGGCUGGCAGAGUGCCUUCUACAUCUUUGGAACAAUCGGUUGUCUAUGGUUUGUUGCGUGGUUCCUAACUGUACGACCAACCCCGGAAAAGGACCCCUUCAUCACAAUCAAGGAGAAGGAUUUCAUUUUGCAGAGCCUCGGAAUCACCGAAGGAGAAUCGGACAAGUACAACCAUCCCUGGAAGGGCAUCCUAACCUCGAAGGCAGUCUACGCCAUCAUUGUGGCCGGAUUCUGUCAGAACUGGGGCUUCUACAACAUGAUGACCCAGUUGCCAACAUUCCUGAAAGAGGCCCUCCACUUCGAGGUGCAAGCAACCGGAUCGAUAUCCGCUCUCCCAUACCUAGCCAUGGGCAUUACACUCAGCAUAGCCGGCUACCUGGCCGACUGGUUCCAGAUCAAGGGCAUCAUGACCACAACCCAGGUCCGGCGCAACUUCAACUGUCUCUCCUUCCUAACCCAAGCCAUCGUCAUGACCAUCGGAGCCUUCGUCCUGAAACCGAUCCCGACCAUCGCCUGCAUCACGCUAGCGGUCUCAAUGGGCGCAUUCGCCUGGUCCGGGUACGCCGUCAACCAUCUGGACCUGUCGCCGAAAAGUGCCGGCGUCAUGAUGGGCAUCACGAACACGGUCAGCACGCUGGCCGGGAUCAUCGCACCGGUUGUGACGGGAUCGCUCACGACCCACCAUCGACACGACGAGUGGAGGCAGGUGUUUUACAUCACUGCCGUGGUGAACGUGAUUGGGCUUGUGGUGUACUGGUGCUGGGCUUCCGGUGAGCUGCAACCGUGGUCUCUUGAGGUGCAGGAGCGGAACCGGCUGGGUAAGAGUGGUGGGGCACAGGAGAAGAAAGGUUAUGAAAACCGAUUGAGCAUUGUGGAUUAGGCCUUUCUUGAAGUGCUUUUUUAGCUGAUAGACAACUUUAAUUUGAGGGCAUAUUUAUCAGAUCUGAAAUGGUUUCAACCUGUAUAUUUAAGUAAAAAUAUGUGUUAAAUGAUCUCAAUUGAAUGAAGAGGUGUUAUAAGAUGGAUACUGAAAAACCUGUGAAAAGUGGGACUUUACAAGUAUAGUACUUAUAUAAGAUGCCUGACGAGGGAAUUCUAAAUUUAAGCAAAAAUUGCUGAGAGGAAAUAUUUAAAAAAAAGCAUUCAGUGAUAGAACAAGCAAGCUACCAAUCAAAUAUUUUCUCCAUGAUUUGAUCAUCUGAAUUUCCUUAUAAACUUUUGUAUAAUCGAUCAUCAGAUAAUUGAGUUUGGACUGUUAUUGAUUGGCUGAUCACAUGUGUCCCACAUAUCUUUUCAGAAUAUAUAUAUAUAUUUUUUUUUAUUUUUUUUUUGCCCAUACAAGAA